AUGGCACGGGAGACCUUUCCUUUCACAUCCUCCUCACUGCGUGCUCUCCGCCUACAGAGGGAGUGGCUGGACUGGGAGGACCGGAGGAGGGCUGCAGCCCAUCAGUGCCGCAGCCACAGGGACCUCCCUAGUCCCCAGGCCCGGCUCCUUAGGCCCCGUCGCUCCUGCCGGGACCCAGCUGUCCACAGUGCCCUGUUCUCUGGGGACCUCCAGCAGGUCCAGAUCCUGUUCCAAGAUGAAGAAGCUGCCAACAUGAUUGUGGAGACUGUGAGCAACCAGCUGGCCUGGUCAGCGGAGCAGGGAUUCUGGGUGCUGACUCCAAAGACCAAACAGACAGCACCUCUUACCAUUGCUGUGGCCCGAGGCUACACAGACUGCGCCCGGCACCUCAUUCUGCAGGGAGCUGAGCUUGAUGCCCGUAUAGGAGGACGCGCUGCCUUGCACGAGGCCUGUGCUCAAGCCCAUCCCGACUGUGUCCGGCUGCUGCUUACAUUUGGUGCCAAGGCUAACGUAUUGUCUGAGGAGGGCAUGACCCCCUUGCACCUCUGCACAGCUCCUGAGUCUUUGCAGUGCGCCAAGUUGCUGCUGGAGGCUGGAGCGUCUGUGAAUGUGGCAUCGCAAGGGAGCGAAGUCACGCCCCUGCAUGUGGUUGCAGCUCGUGGCCUGGAAAAACAUGUGGCCCUCUACCUGCAGAACGGUGCAGACGUGGCCCUGCGCACCAGCCAGGGAGAGACGGCGCUGAACGCAGCGUGCGCUGGAGCAGAGGGGCCGGGCAGCAGCCGGCAGCACGAGGCUGCAGCGCGGCAGCUCCUGGAAGCCGGGGCGGAUCCCCAGGCUGCAGGUCGCAAGCGCCACACACCACUGCACAACGCCUGUGCUAAUGGUUGCGGAGGUCUGGCCGAGCUAUUGCUGCGCCACGGGGCAAACCCUGGAGUCACCAAUGGGGCGGGCCACACACCAAUGGACUGCGCGCUGCAAGCGGUACAGGACGCCCCCAACUGGGAGCCCGAGGUCCUCUUUGCAGCGCUGCUGGACUAUGGAGCUCAGCCGGUUCGCCCAGAGAUGCUGAAACACUGUGCCAACUUUCCUCGGGCCCUGGAAGUCCUCCUUAAUGUCUAUCCAUGUGUCCCAUCCUGUGACACCUGGGUGGAGGCAGUGCUCCCAGAGCUGUGGCAGGAACAUGAAGCCUUCUACAGCUCAGCCGUAAGCAUGGAAAACCAGCCAAGACGGCUGCAGCACCUGGCCCGCUUGGCUGUCCGCACUCAGUUGGGUGGCAACUGUCGGCAGGGUGCCACCCAGCUCCAGCUGCCUCCACUGCUCAGAGACUACCUGCUGCUGCGUGUGGAGGGGCGAAUCCAGUGAGCACUGACCUUCCACGCAGCCCUGGAAACACAAGGCCCGCUUCCUCUGCACUUUGCAGGCCUCCACUGACAUCUUAAGUCACCCGCUGACCUUCAAACCUUCUCUGCCCAUAAGUAGAUGGCAAGCUACAAGCAACUGACCCCUUGUGCAGCUUUUCCUUGUCACCUAUAUGCCUGCUCUGUCCGUUUCAUGGUGACAGGCCUUUAGAUUUGAUGGCUUAUACCUCAGACCCCAGUUCUCAGGAGCCUGAGGCAGUAGUUUUAAGUUCAAACCUAGCAAGAUCUUGGGGGUUUGAGGGUGGGCGGAGGGGAGACCCUGCUUCCUGGCCUGUGUAUUCUAUACAGACUCUGGAUAGAACUUCAAGGAAAGUUCUCGGCACUAGGUGCAGAACCCCAGGCUCGACACCUUGCUGAGCAAGUGACCCAUUCCAGAGUCACACACCUCUAGCUCUUAAGGAAACCCACAUCCUAGAUGCGGGAAUGAUCUUUUUCUCCUCCACUAAUUUAUCAUUUUAUAGCUAGAUCACUGUGGUUCCCCCCAACACCCAUCCCCCGGUCAUGGAGUCCCUCUCCCCCAUCCCCUUCUCCUCUGUUAAAGGCACAACUCUGACAGUUCCUUUUAGUGGCUCUUCCCAACCUUCUGGCUAAAGUGAGACCUCAGCAGGGCCUGGGGUGGAGCUCGAGAUGAGCACCUGCCCGGUGUGUGUGAGACCCUAGGUUUGCAGACUCUAACCCUCCACGGAGCAGUGACAUCAUCUGGGAGGCAGAAGCUAGAGCUCACAAAGCAGCCUGGGCUAUGUAAGACCCUGUCUCCAAAACAAAAUGAGAAGAAACGCCUGAGCAAGAUGUAGGCAAGAUUCUGUCGUAUUCUCUCAUCUCCUCUAUACACAGGCCCAGAAAUGCAGGCUCAGGAAACUGGUUACCACUUCCAGAACUGAGCCCUUCUUGGAAAACUGUUUUCAGUACCGGUGAAUAAAGCUUGGCACAGUCUUCCCCAUUUUUUGGCCUGGACAACACUCUAUCUACAGAACUCUAGUUUGUGACCACUCCCGUGGUAGCCUGCCUUUACCUCUGUGCUUAUGCAAUUACUACUGAGUCUGAGGCCGGGGCUGUAGCCUUUGAAGAGGCAUUUAUGAUGUGUUCUCCCUUCUGCCCAAAAGCUGCAUAGAAUCUUAAAUGGCAGUCGCUCUAGAGUGGCUUCGGGGGCCCAGAAAGCUAGA